AUGCGGGAGACCAUCGCCCGCCGGCUGACGGCCGCCAAGCAGACCAUCCCCCACUACCAGCUGUCCAUGACGGUCAACGUGGAGAAGACGCUGGCGAUGAGGAAGGCGGUCAAUGACAAGCUUGCAGCUCAGAAGUCAGAUGUCAAGGUGUCUGUGAAUGACUUUAUUGUAAAGGCGGUGGCAGCUGCUUGCAAGCGUGUCCCCGCUGUCAACGCGCACUGGAUGGACUCAUUUAUCAGGCAGUAUUCAAAUGUGGACGUGAGCGUCGCAGUAGCGACCCCCAGCGGCCUCAUCACACCGAUACUGUUCAACGCGGACUCGCGGGGUGUCAUAGAUCUGAGCAAGAACAUGAAGGAGCUGGCGCAAAAGGCCAAGGAUAACAAACUUCAGCCUCAAGACUACCAGGGCGGGACUGUCACUGUUUCCAACCUGGGAAUGUUCGGUAUAACAAUGUUCAACGCAAUAAUAAAUCCGCCACAGUCGCUCAUAUUGGCCUGCGGAGGACUCCAAGAAAUUGUGAUCCCAGAUAAAGAUUCACCUCAGGGAUUCCGUGUAGCCAAGUUUGUGACAUUGACAGCCUCAGCGGACCAUAGAGUAAUAGACGGCGCGGUCGGCGCGCAAUGGAUGAAAGCUCUGCAGGAAAAUCUAGAAGAUCCCGCCAACAUGAUCCUAUAGACGAAUUAUACAUAGGCUAUUCCGAUAUAGUCUACCAUCUAUACUAUAGACAACGUUAUCAUAUGUUGUGUUUCGUGUCAUAGACUAUGUUGGGAUAGAAUAAACAAUAGACAAUUAGUUGAAGCAACUUGAAUUUUAAAAUUAUAUCACUGCAGGGUCUUUCAUUAGAUGUUGUAUUCCAAAUUUAAAUAAAAUCUAUUUUUUUUUUUCUAUAAUAUUUUAUGAAACAUAAUAUAUCAAUGAAACUAAAAAUUGGUGCUUCAACUAUUUGCUAUUAUAUUGGAAAGUCUUAGCGUAGUAUUUACUUACCUCGUUGGAGUCUUUAUAAAAAAAAUAAGUCAGUAACAACUCAACCUGCAUACCAUUAUUUAUUUAUUUUUUUGUCGUAAGGAAACAUUUUGGAGAUUUAUUUUGUAUUAUCAUUAAAAUCUUUUUUUUAAGGAUACACUUUGAUGGGCUUCUAUUGGUUAUUAUGUGGGUAUGCCUUUGAUUUUAUUUAUAGUUAUUUUACACCCUGUGAAAUUUUAUCUGUAUUAAUAAGCGUAAUUUUUUUUUUGGUACAAAUCGGUAUUUAAUUAUUUAUGUAUUUUUUUAGUUUUUUAGACUAUAGAUCUGUCCGGAUAUAUGCUUGUAAAUAUAAUACGUUCAAAUGUAUGAAUCAUUUUCGUUAUGGACCAUCGAUGCUGAUGUGUUUUGAUGUUUAUUAGUAAUUUUAUGAACGUUAGUCAAAUAUAUUUUAUUUAAACCGU